UCCAAUUCCCUCACCGCCAUUUUGUAAGGGGUCUGGACGAAGCCUCCGUAUCCCUUCAGCAUAUCUGGUGUUCGUGCCCGGUGCGCAUGCGUCUUGGUGAGGGGAUGGCCCGGAGAAGGAACUUUAACGGGAGGGAGGACGGGUGAGCGGGCGGCUUCGCGGGCGCUUGAGGCCGUUGCGGCCACCGCCAUGUACAGUCCCGGUAGCGGCCCCUCGGCCAUGAAAGUUCAGCGCCCCAAAGAGAGUUCCCGGCCCGGCGGUGCCCAGCGACGCUCCCGCUCGCCCUCUCCGUGGAGCCGCCACCACCGCUCCCCGCCCAGCCGUCGCUCUUCUCAUCGUUCUCGUCGCUCGCCUUCCCCGCGCCGCUGUAGUAGGAGUUUUCUCCGCCUGACGGCAUCAGAGAGAAUCUGUUUAUCCAAAGUGGAAGGUCCUGACUUGACGACAAUUGGAAAGGAAAAGAGAUAUUCACUGGACCAGCCCUCAUAUUCUCUAAGGCGGCACUCACGUUCUCCCGGCCGACGUUCUGAAUCUUCAGUGAAAAAAUACUUGCGGAUCUUAGCUGAAAAUGACCAGUAUGGAAUUGGCACACCUGACAGAAAGAUACUAUCUGAUAGACUAAGCUCACCAGCUGAUAGUCUGAGCGAUGUGGACAGGGAUGACUUGGCUGAUGGUCCAAUAUUUAGCAGAGUCCUUUCACAUCCUUGGAACCUUGAGAGAGGUUUCUCUCGUGAGGAGAAUCCUUCAAGUCCAUUCAGCAUGAGACAUGAUGAGGACUAUUACAGUAGGGAUAUUUUCAUAUCUCAACUAGACCGUAGCACAAACAAUGAACAUCUGCAGUAUCAAUCAAGAGAAAAUGAUAGGGAUGGGGAGCGAGAAUCAAAAUCCUUUCAAUAUGACAGAGAUGACAGACUGUUUGAUGAAAGCAUAAAACGUCAAGAUUUAUUGGCAGAAACACAGAAGUAUUGUAAACAAAGUCUUAAUAGAAGCCCACGCCUGAUGUACUUGGAUGAAGAUUUUCGUAAACUUGAAAGAAUUAGGAGAAAAAGAGAAGUGGAUGAGCUAAGCAGAAAUGUUAGUACUGACUACCCAAUGCUUGAUUCAACUAGUCCAGAACAGUCUUCUGAAUCUCGAUACCAUUAUAGAUCUGAGAAAACACCAGCAAUGCCCACAAAAUCUAUACUGAAGAAACGUUUGGAUGAUUCUUCUAUACAGGACUCUGGGAAUUUUUUAAAGGAGAAGGAACCUCAUGAGUCAACAUCAGAAUAUAUCAACCAACAUGGUGACUUCCUGCUGCCUCAUGAAAGAGCCAGCCAGGAUGGAAGUGGUUUUUCAUGCAUUCUAGGUACGAUGACUGAUUCUACUUAUCAAGAAAAAAGACUGUAUCCCUUCCCUGAUAACAUAGAGGAUGAAGAUAAAUUUCUUUAUGGUGACGAUGAUGGUGAUUCAAACAACUGUCUCUACUCUCAAAAGCUAAUGCUGAGUGGAAAGAAAGAACUUGUAGGUGAGAAAGUAAAUUCUCCACCUCCUGCAAGUCUAUCUGUAAAACCAGAUACUGUGGAAGAGUCCAGAUCAGAAUAUGAGAAGAUCCGUGACUUGCUUAAAACUAUUGGUCUUGACAUUGGAGUGGCUGAAAUAGGUAAGCUUGCUGCCCGCACAGAGGAAAGACUCCAUGGGAAAAAAACAGCUUAUUCUCCUGAUCAUCAUUCAGUGGCAAUUCAUAAAGCAGAAACUUGGGAGAGGCACUGCAGGCUAAGUGAUGUUCAUUCUCCAGAAUCUAGGCAGAAACAUUCUCUGUCGCCAGCUGGUUCUUUUCCAUCAUCUAAAACUGUGUCUCCUGUUUUAAAAUCUGAGCCCAAUAACAUCAGUGCUUUAGGGCAAAAUAAUCCUACUGGCGUGUCAGAGCAACCUGGUGUUUCAGGAUUUUUAAUCCCAUCAGCUCCACCUUCUUUUCUUGAUAUUCCUUCUGGGCCCAUCUCUGAUUCCUGGCAUGAUGUUCCAUAUUUCUCUACAUUCGCUCCAACUCAGUUGGCCCCAAACUGUGCUCCUCUCCCAGUAGCCUCACCUGGGUAUGAUGUAUACCAGCACUAUAUGGGUUAUGCAACUUCUGACUGGUGUGCUCAGCAAGUGAAACCUGUAUGUUCCAAUAAACCUGGGCUAGUCAAACUAAAACGCAAAUGUACAAAACCCAACCUCAGAAUCAUUCCUACAGUUGCCAUCAGCAAAAAGACUUCGAAGAUCAAGAAAAAUGAAGCUGUUUCUACCACUGCUCUUUACUCCCAUCUGCUCCCUCAGUUAUCCCAGCCUUCUCUGAAAGAUACCAAAGGAAGAAUAUCUGAUGAAAGAAAUCGAACUUCUCAGAAGCAAAAGGUAAUAGAGGAAAGAGAAAAGUUGAAGCUUGAACAAGAAUUACAACAGAAGAAACUCUAUUAUCAGAGGAUUGAAUUAAAUAGGCUUUCAAAACAGCAAGUGGAGAUGCUGCGAAAGAAACGAAAAGAGGAAGACCCUUUGCUUGUGGAACUGAGCCGACUGAAAGAAAACAUUGCAAAAGAGGUUGCUCAACUGGAGAUGAAUGUUAAAGCUGUGAAGGAGAAACAAUCUGAACUUGAUAAAGUAGCUCACAUCCUGGGGAUGAAUGUUUUCGAAAAAUCCCAGAAAUUAUCUUCAGAAAAUAAAGACUCUUCAGAAAACAACCUGUGAAAAAAUUCUAAAAGUGAAGAGAGAACUUUUAAUUCAAUCAAGUCAUAAGGAAGUGAUUGUUUACCCAGAGAAGGGACAGAAUACAGCAGAAGGAAAGACCUAAAGACUGCACUUUACCUGACCUGAUUCUAGCUUUUAGAAGCUAUGGUAAGAUUCUGAGAUGAAGACUAAAAUCCUUGAGAAUAUUUUUGUUCUGUCAUGAUUUCAAGCACUAUAUUUUAUUCAGAUUUGUCUUAUGUUUCAAGAAAAGUAAAAAAAAAGUUAAGAAAU